AUGGUUGUGGUGUGGCAAGUUGUCGGUCCCACUUCUUGUGAAAGAGGUAGCUGUGCCAAUGGUCAUGGCACCCAUGUUGCCGGCAUUGUUGCUCGAAAGUUAGAGAAUUUCAAAGGCGUUGCUCCUGAUGCGACAUGGGGCAUGUGGCGAGGUUUCGGUUGCCAAGGGUUGACCUCCAACGACGUCCUUGUUCAAGCUAUGCUGGAUGCCUACGAGGCUGGUGUCGAUGUCAUUUCAUUGAGUCUUGGCUUUGGUAGCGGUAACAAUGAAGACACUCUAACCUCUGUUGUACCAUUCAUCAUCUCACAUUGGUUCUUGUAUAUUAAAGUGCAAGUCUCCGUUUUCUCCAGCAUUGACCCACGCAGUGAGAUUGAUUUCAAGCCUGAUAUUGCGGGUUUCGGUGGCAACGGCUAUUCAACUCUACCCAGUUAUCUUGGCGGUUGGGGUAUGACGAGUGGGACUUCCAUGGCAACUCAUCUUUCGACCAAGCCCAAAUUCAUCACCGAGCAAUUCCAAAAUUAUGCUUACAAGGCACCCAAUUCACAUGCCACUGGUAUUGAUUCACCCCUUGCACAAGGUGCUGGUAUUAUACAAGUUUAUGAUACAAUUAUGCAAGAUGUCCACAUUACCCCUGGCGCCCUUUCAUUCAAUGACACUGCCAACAUUGUGAGGACCCAGCAAUGGAAGAUCCGCAACUCCGGCGACUCCACGAUCUCGUAUCAAAUCACCAACAAUGCAGGCGUGGCCAUUCAACCCUACGAUGGCAAGAACGGCUAUGAUCAUGCUACUAUUAAAGUGACAUUGACGCCUCCAAAGACCAAUCCCUAUGAUCACAUCGUGUAUGGUGCCUAUAUUCAAUUCAAGAGCCAAGUCCCAAACAACGAGGAUCUCACUGUACCCUAUUUUGGUAUCGUUGGUGAACAGCACAAAUUACCCAUCUUCAUGCCUGGAUCCCCGGUGGUGAGCGAUGCCUCGGGUUCUCGAUGGUACAAGAACAAGGAUGACGUUUUCGUCUUUGAUACAAGAAGCGGCAACAUCCCCUACUUUGUAUAUGGAUUCCAGACACCAACAGCACACGUAAAGGUCAUGUUGUAUACGGAAGAUGGUCGUCAAGAAUUGGGCAAUGUUCAACCUGGCAUGGAUCACCUUGGUCAUACAAGACACACCUCGUAA